UCAGCCUAAAUGCGAGGGAGAGGAGAGGCCUGAAUGGAGCUCAGUAAUGCGGAUGGAGGAGUUGCAAAGGCAGCACGCACUCCUGUAACGCAGGCUCAGAACGUUCCGGUCCCUGUUGCAUCUGCACACUCUACACCUCCACCUCCAAUUACGGCAUCAGCUGAGUUCUCCCUGUGCACAUAGGUGGGGUACUACCUGUGAAUGAAAUCGCUAGAUUGAAAGGAGAUUCUUCACAUGGCUUCCAAAGAAGUGACCAUCACAGUUCGCCUCAUUCGUUCCUUUGAGCAUCGGAACUUCAAACCUGUGGUAUAUCACGGAGUUAAUUUCGACCAGACUGUAAAGGAAUUUAUAGUAUUUCUGAAGCAAGAUAUUCCUUUAAGGACCAGCCUGCCACCACCAUUCAGAAAUUAUAAAUAUGAUAAAUUGAAGAUUAUUCAUCAAGCACAUAAAUCAAAGACAAAUGAACUUGUGCUGAGUUUGGAAGAUGAUGACACACUCAUGUUGAAAGAAGACCACACUCUGAAAGCAGCUGGAAUCGCCAAUGAAACUGAAAUUGCAUUCUUCUGUGAAGAAGAUUAUAAGAACUACAAAGCUAAUCCCAUUUCAUCCUGGUGAAAACCCCACGGGGCUUCCUUUUUGCAUGCCUAUAUUAAGCUCUUUAUUCCACUAGUGAGUUUUUAAAUUGACAAAUAAACUUUAAAAAUUAAUCUCGGGCUCUGCUAUUUGAGUUAAAAUCUGUGGUAUUUUCUCUCU